AUGUAUAGAAUUUUUAAGAGACUUCGACUUGAUGAUUUGGAUGAGAUUCGGAUUGAGUAUUUGAAUCGUAAUGGCAACUACAAUAAUGUUAAUAAUCAUGAUGUGGACAACAGUGAAUGGUCAAUCGAAGCUCGAAAGAUUGGAUCUCGAUUAAUUGAAUUAUUUUCAAGAGGCUCUUCUCGAAAUAUGUGGACCUAUGAUGAAUAUUUCAAACACCAUUCUCUGUAUACAUGGCCAUCGAGUUGUUUUAGAAAGGGAAGAACCUAUACUUCUACUGUGAAUGAAAACAAUAAUGAUAACAAUGUUCCUCUGAUUCGAAUCAAACUAGCUCGGAUUAAGAAACCUUCACCUGUAGAGGAAGAUUAUAGAUUUUAUCCCAAUGAAGAUACUUAUGAAAUAACUUUUGGGGAAUUUGUCAAGAGAAAAGUGAAGAAACGAGAAUAUCUUGGAAAUGGAUUUAGAAACUACAAAACAACGACAAAGCAAAUGAUCAUUGGAGAAGAAGAAUCACAGGAUAUGGAAAAUCACCGCUUGGUUUAUGCAGAUAAGAUAUCCUCAUUUAACAAUAGUUACAAUAUAUACAGAUCCAAAUAUUGUGAAAACGUUGUUCGAUUAUAUGAAAAACCAGACAUUGCUACCAUCUAUUCCUUUCAAAACAGACUUUCAGAUAUUUUGAAAUGCAAUCCUGUGAUCGAGACUUUGCUUGACUGUAUAUUCGAAUACAAUAGAACAACGUCCACACGAAAUAGCGACUCUGUGAUUAUGAAAGAUUUACGAAAAGUGUUGCUUAAUUUUGAAAAAUUGGCUCGACAACGGAAUUUAGCUUAUAAUAUUUUAAAAACAAAUGGAACUCUUAAUAUAUGCGUACCUUCUGUAGAAAAGCCAAGACUCAGUUCCUAUCCUCCACGACCGAUACCAGACGCUCAGUUAAUGGCACAAUUUGUUUUGAGAAAAAUCGAAACCAUUGAGGAAAUUAUGUGCUUCUUUGACAUGGAUUGCUGUCGCUUUUGUUAUGAUGGUAGAACAGUUUUCACAAUUCUAGAAGGACUUAGAGCGCUCAAGUACAAGAUUAACUUUGUUUCUAAAGAACACAUUGAAAAGGGGCUAUACUAUAAUAGAGCAUGUAAAUUUGGAAAAAGAGGUUUUCACACUCUCUUUAUUUCUCUACACCCACUUUUUCAUGUGAUUCAUGCAGAUUAUAUGGUACAAGAUUUGAAACAAGACAUCUUUGAAAGACAAGAAUCAGGGGAGAACGACCAUGUAGACAAUAUUUGGAGUGGAUUCUUUAAUCCUGCUUCUGGAAAAUACUUUGCUCGAGAGCACAGAGAUAUCGAUAAUACCAAAGAUCUUGAUGAGGCCAAUUAUUACACAGUAGUUUUGAGAAGUUUGACUUAUGAGCUUGUCGAUGCAGUAUUGGAAAACGGUUUAAAAGAUGCUUUUACCGCUUAUUCAAGUUAUUAUGUGGAUGGAAGAUGGACUGCCGAGGAACACGGAAAUGCACUUUCAGAAACCUUGGCUGACAGGAUAAUACAUCACAUUACAACCGAAGAUAUUCAUAUCUUUUGUUCCCGCUUUUCAGAAUUGUUUAUGAAGGACGCCUCAUCUUACUUUUUAGAGGGAUAUUUCGAAAGUCACUUGAGAAACAAGUACAAUAUUUACAAGUGUUACAUUUGUGGAAUGUAUUCACAUCAUUAUCAUGACAUUUCCUUGCAAGCAGACAGAAUAUAUGGAUCAAGCCUUCCAAAGCGAGAGAAAAGACUUAAAGAGAUCGAAGAAAAGUUUGGAAUGUGUAAUAUCUGCAAGAAGUUUCACGAGCAAAAAUCUAUUCAAUCCAUGGCAUUUAAAGUCAAAGAUUUGUCAUCCAAAGUCGCUAUUGUUACAGGAGGAAGAAUUAAGAUUGGAUUUGAAACAGCAUUAAUGUUACUUAGAUGUAAUGCAACCGUAAUUGUCACGACUAGAUUUAUUGAAGAUGCUUUAGAAAGAUUCAAAGCAGAGCUAGAUUACUCUACUUGGCAGCAUGCAUUAAUAUUGUAUCCUCUCAACCUGAAAGAUGGAAAAUCAGUGUUACAAUUCACAGAUUUCGUUUUGAAACACUUUUCACGAGUCGAUAUUUUAAUUAACAAUGCAGCUCAAACAGUGAAACGUCCAUUGAAUUACUAUGAAAAAUUGUUCCGUCUUGAAACAACGAAAAAUAAUUCUCUCACACAUUGUACACACAACAAAGUGAACGAAUUUAUGGUAGGCCUGACAGAGAAUAUUGUUGAAUUUAAAGCUUGCCAAGACUUUAUUUCCACUGGAAAAGUGGAUAAAUGGGGAGAGCAGUGUGAUGAAAGAUGGCUCAAUUCAUGGAAUCAAAAACUUUUCGAAAUUUCCAACAUUGAACUUAUUGAAGCUCAAAUGAUUAACAAUGUCGCUCCUACCAUUUUAGUUUCAAAGCUUUUUGAUUGUAUGAAAUAUUCUCCCGACACCAUUGAAUUGAACCAAAACGACAAGUUUGAUGAAAACGAUUCAGUUUCAAUGGGACACACUUUUAUCAUUAACGUGACCAGUCACGAGGGACAAUUCACUACAGAGGGUAAAACCGAUAAUCACAUUCAAACCAAUAUCAGUAAGGCUUCUCUGAAUAUGAUGACACGAAGCGCUGCUAAUUUCUUUGCUAAACAUGGAAUUUUGAUGAACAGUGUGGACACUGGUUGGAUCAGUUCUGCCUUACCAGAAACAUUCAAAACGCCACCACUCUCUCCGAAAGAUGGAGCAUUGCGAAUUUUAGAUACAAUCUUGACAGGUUCUUUUGCUUAUGGAAAAUUGUUUAAAAAUUAUCAAGAGACAGAGUGGUAA